AUGGAGACGUUUCUCCACCAGCACCAGGCGCAGCUGGUGGCGGCGCAAGUUCCCGAGCGUCUAUGGCCAAUGGCAUACUACAAACUGAAACACGAAGUAUUCGAUGCGGGUGAUUUUUUUUAUCUAGCUCGAGAUUUGGAUGGAGAAUUUCGCGCUGUUGUGCGGGAUGAUGUGGACUUGGCGCGAAUGCAACCUGAUUCAGAUGAAGCGAUUUUUCUGGUUGACCACGCUUGGACGUUCACAGCUGACAAGAUACGCGAGCAGCUGACAGCUGUGCCAAAGCUGCUGGACCGCAUGGAGAAAAUGAUGCAAUUAAAAGGACUAGAUAAAAAUGAGCGUGUGGAUGCUGUUGCUGAUCGCGUGUGGCGUAACGCCAACACGUACCGUCUUGGCAACGCGAAACCUGAGGACGCGUCUUCGAUCUGCGGGGACUUUUUAUCGCGGGAUUACUUUCCAGAGUUCGCAUCGGAUGUCGUAAUGCACACUGCACUUCUUACUGCCUUGUUCUAUGAGCCCGGAACCGUUGACAGUCCGCAUCUAAUUGAACUUGAAAAAAGUAUUGCUGCACGCAAGAAGCAAGAUACACUAGAAAACGCCCGUGCAAGAUUUUACAACAGCGUCAGCCGUGACUCAGAGACGCCCCCAUAUCCUGAGACGCCCGUUGCAUCGGUAUUGCUUUCCACCAUCGUGACAAAAUCGGGCCCGCUUCGUAUAUGUUCCGAUUCAAAGUUAAUGCACACGCACUUGACUCACCCACACUUUACGCUCGUGGAUAAUGAAGACGAGGCCCAAGUUGUGUGGCUGACUCGUCAUUUGAAAGAUUUUCCCAAAUAUACCACCAAUGACAACGUGCAGAUCAUCAACCAGUUUCCAAACGAAAAAAUUCUUACUUGCAAGGACCUGCUUUAUGAAGUAUGCAAGCUGCAAAACGGUGGUGUGCGGCCUAACUGGCUCGCUGAGACUUACAACAUGACCAGUGAGCUCCCCGAGCUUAUCAGCCAAUUUAUUCAACGAGACCUUGUCGCUCGCAGAAAUGGUAACGGUUAUGACGAAGCAAAUUAUUGGAUUUGCAAACCCUGGAACAUGGCGCGCUCAAUAGACACGUGCAUUGCGCAGAAUGCGCCACACAUAGCGCGUCUGGCUGAAACUGGACCUAAGAUUGCGUGCAAGUACAUUCAUCGUCCGUUAUUGAUUGACCAGCGCAAGUUUGACAUUCGGUUUCUUGUGAUGGUCAAGUCAACGGAGCCGUUAGAGCUCUACUUGAGUGGUGUGUACUGGCUGCGUAUUGCAAACAAAGAGUUUACUAUGGACAACUUUCAUGACUUUGAAAAGCAUUUUACUGUCAUGAACUACUCUGACUUUGCUGUUCGAAUCAUGGACAAUUCUGAAUUUAUCGAGAGGUUCGAAUCUGAGUACCCGAGCGAGAACUGGGCUACUAUGUUUAUUGAUAUCUGUACCAGUAUUAAGCAGAUGUUUGAGUUCGCCACAGCUCAGCCUCCUCCACUUGGGCUCGGUCGCUGUACAAAGUCGCGUGCGCUUUACGGUGUAGAUAUAAUGCUCUCUUGGGAAGCUGAUGAAGAGACUGGUAGUGAGCGUUUGCGACCAAUUAUUUUGGAAACAAAUUUUCAGCCAGAUUGCACACGUGCUUGCAAAUACUUUCCGCAUUUUUAUAACGAUCUCAUGAACGUUCUGCUGCUUGACCGUCCCGACGAGACUGUGCAUGGCUGCACACGUCUUUAA